GGGGUGGAAAAACCCCUAUUUUAAACCCUAGCGCUCCCGGUUUGGCGAUAUUCUUGACUUCUCUAAGCUAAAGAACUUGUAUAGUUUCAAGAAAUUGUGACGAUGUAUCUUCAGUUCUACAUAAAUGAGAAUGGCGAUAAAGUCUACACCACGAAGAAAGAAUCACCUGUUGGGAUUCCUACCCAAUCUGCUCAUCCGGCUCGCUUUUCGCCUGAUGACAAGUUCUCGAGGCAGAGGGUUCUUCUAAAGAAGCGGUUUGGACUUUUGCCCACUCAGAAGCCGCCUCCAAAGUACUGAAAUCAUUUUUAAGGAGCUUAGCCUGCCAAUGUGCUACUUGAAACUACUUUAUUUUUCAACAUUUCAUCUUUCAAUGGAUGUGUAGUGUAGGAGAAUAGUUGUAUGCCAAUGUUGGAUGGAUAAUCGAUUGAAAAGUAUAUUCUUAACAAUCAAAUGUGUCCUUAUGGACAUAAAAUUUUCUAAGUCUUGGAUGUUUGAUAUGGAUGUAGAGCACAGUUAUAUUUGCUAUUAUGCUUAAUAAAUGCUGGAUUUUAAAGUA